AUGCCCUCCAACGAAUCCACUUGUCUCGGGUCCGACCGCAAUAUGCAAACCGCCUGGAAACUCAACGCCAGCACACCGGGCUUCACGCCUAAAAAGCUGCGCGUGGUGUGUAUCGGUGCGGGACUCUCCGGCCUGACUCUGGCUUACAAGCUCAAACACGAGCGGCCGAUGGAUUUUGUCGACCUGCGCAUCUACGAGAAAAACCACGAGGUCGGCGGCACCUGGCUGGAUAAUGUGUAUCCCGGGGUUGGAUGCGACAUCCCCUCUCCCUCGUACGUGUUUCCGUUCGAGCCGAAUCCGGACUGGUCCAAGUUUUAUGUCGGCGGUGCGGAAAUCCAACAGUACAUUCUUCGCACGACCGCAAAGUAUGGGCUAAAAGAGCGGAUCGUCUUCAACACCAGACUCCUCAAGGCCGAAUGGAACGAGGACAGCGCGAAGUGGAAGCUCCAGUUGGAGCAGGACGGACGUGUUUUCGACGAUGAGACUGAUGUCCUGAUCAACGGCACCGGGUGCCUCAGUCAGUGGAAGUGGCCCGAUAUCGAGGGUCUAGAUUGCUUCAAAGGAAAGCUGCUUCAUAGCGCCCGCUGGGAUCCGGAGUACAAUUGGGAAGGGAAGAGAAUCGCAGUCAUCGGAAACGGUUCUUCUGCCCUGCAGUUGGUUCCCUCAUUGCAGCCAAAGGCUGCCAAGCUGGUUAACUACAUCCGUCAUCCAACCUGGGUAUCCGUGAACUUCUGCCCGGACCUCACGAGAGACGGCAUGGGAAGCAACUUUGAAUUUACUGAGGAAGAAAAGCAGCAGUUCCGAGAUGACCCAGAGAUGUUCUUCCAGUACCGAAAGAAGGUCGAGCACGGAGUGAACACCGUCCUCCAGAUGAUGAUCUCAGGAUCAGGCGAACACAAGUUCCUGCACGAGACGGUGGAAGGCCUCAUGAGACAGCGUCUGGCCGACAGACCCGACCUCAUCGACAAGAUGAUCCCCAACUACGAAAUAGGAUGCCGCCGCCUCAGUCCCGGGGACGGCUAUCUCGAAGCCCUGCAAGCCGCGAACGCACGACCUUCCUUCGCCAACAUCAACCGCAUAACACCCACCGGUUUCGAAACCGACGAAGGAGAGGAAGAGUUCGACCUAAUCGCCUGCGCGACCGGCUUCAACACCAGCUACAUCCCGCCGUUCAAGAUGACGGGCCGCGGCGGCCGGCGCUUAGACGUUGAGUGGAAAGACAAGCCCGCCGCGUACUUUGCAACCUGUGCGGCUGGAUUCCCCAACUACUUCAUUUUUGCGGGGCCCAACGCGCCUAUCGGUCAUGGGUCUGUGAAUCGGAUGAUCUGGUUCCAGGCGGACUACAUGCUGAACUGGGUUGAGAAGAUAGCUACGGAGGAUAUCCGGUCGGUUGCCGUCAAAGACAGUGCCGUCCGCGAUUUUAAUGAGUUCGCAAAGGAAAACCUCAAGCGUUUUGUGUGGUCCAAGGGGUGUCAUGCCUGGUAUAGUAAAAAGACUGAUGGAGAGGAUAACAUCGUCACGGCAAUGUAUCCUGGCAGUCUACUUCAUUUUAAGGUCUAUUUGGACAAAAUCCGUGGAGAGCAUUUCGAUAUCCAGUACAACACGUCCAAUAUGUUUGGCUUCUUGGGGAAUGGGGAAUUGGCAUUGGAGCGAGAGAAAGAUGGGGACAUGGCUUUCUAUAUGUAA